AUGCCUCGUCGAUUGUCCAACGCCCCCCUAAGCAGUUCACCUCCGACCCCUUGGCCGUCCUUUUCCCCAACUGAAAAGGGCGGCAGUCUCGUCAGCAAGACUUCUCAGAAAGCAAGCAAGAUUGCUCAGUUCUUUUCUACGUCCCCGAAGACAAAGGAAGCACAAUCGGCUGCGGCUGCGCUGCUCGCAGCAAGCAAAGCUCAAGAACAAGCCUUUUUGGCCUCAGGAACACCAAUGCCUUCUGUGCCUUCCCUGUCAUUACCGAGCAUCUCGUUGUCAACUGCUCGAGCUGACUCCGCCAACAUGGAUGAACCGCCCACCACUCUCUUUCAACCGCCUUCGGCGGCCGAGACUAGAAAACUUGCAAAACAACACGCUCAAUUUGGCCCGCUGAUUUCUCAGUCGCAUCGAUACACAAGCAGACAUCAGGGCGGCGAGUUUCCUGAUCCUGUCAUGGACGAGCCUCCCUAUUACUAUCUUUUGACCACCUAUAUCUCCUAUCUGAUUCUUAUCAUAUUCGGACACGUCCGAGACUUUUUUGGCAUGAAGCUCAAAGAGGACAACUACAGACAUCUCAAGGCCCGCAACGGGUAUGCCGCCCUCAACAGCGAUUUCGACAAUUUCUACGUGCGUCGCCUGAAAAUGCGUAUCAACGAUUGUUUUAACAGACCAACUACCGGCGUUCCAGGACGCUACAUCACGUUGUUGGAUCGCACUUCGGAUGACGGCAAUGUCCAUUUCACGCUAACCGGCACAACCACGGAGACUCUAAACAUGAGCUCGUACAACUAUCUCGGGUUCGCCCAAUCCGAGGGACCUUGUGCCGAUUCCGUGGAGGAAGUAAUCAAAAAGUAUGGGUUGUCCACGAGCAGCGCAAGGAGCGAAGUUGGCACGUCCGAUCUUGCUGUCGAAUGCGAAGAUUUAAUUGCAGAGUUUGUUGGUAAAGAAUCGGCAAUGGUUUUCUCCAUGGGGUUCGGCACAAAUGCAUCGAUAUUUCCAGCCCUCGUGGGAAAGGGCGACUUGAUCAUCUCGGACGAACUCAACCAUGCUUCGAUCAGAUUUGGUUCGCGGCUGUCAGGGGCAAUGAUUUCGUCCUUUAAACACAAUGACAUGGUUGAUCUGGAGACCAGACUCCGCGAAGCCAUUUCUCAGGGACAGCCUCGCACACACCGGCCCUGGAAGAAAAUCCUGGUGGUCGUCGAAGGGCUCUAUUCAAUGGAAGGGACAAUGUGCAACUUGCCUGGUCUUAUCAGGCUCAAGAGACGAUACAAGUUCAACCUUUUCAUUGAUGAGGCGCACUCAAUCGGUGCGCUUGGACCUCGUGGACGAGGCGUUUGCGACUACUUUGGUAUCGACCCGGCAGAGGUGGAUAUUCUCAUGGGAACGCUCACCAAGUCCUUUGGCGCCAACGGCGGUUAUGUCGCUGGUGACAAGGCUGCAAUCGAUAAGUUGCGCCUUUCCAACGCUGGCACCGUGUACGGCGAGACCCCAGCGCCAGCAGUGCUGGCCCAAAUUAUUGCCGCCCUGAGACUUAUCAACGGAGAGUUGCUUCCCGGCCAAGGCGCGGAGCGGCUUCAAAGAAUCGCCUUCAAUUCGCGUUAUCUUCGACUUGGCUUGAAGCGACUGGGUUUCAUUGUUUACGGCCAUGACGAUUCUCCCAUCAUUCCUGUCAUGCUGUACAACCCAGCCAAGAUGCCUGCUUUCUCCCAUGAGAUGCUCAAGCGCAAGAUCUCCGUCGUCGUGGUAGGAUAUCCAGCUACACCGUUGAUUUCGUCCCGGGCCAGAUUCUGCGUUUCGGCAGCUCACAAUAAGGACGAUCUUGAUCGUCUUCUGGCCGCAUGCGAUGAAAUCGGCAAUGUCCUUCAGCUCAAGUUCUCGAGUGGCAUUGCGGGUGGUGCACCUCCUCUAGCCGAAGGUGUCACCUGGGAAUUGGAACAGAGCCGUAAACGUCUGGAAAAGCACGACAAGAUGGCCAAGUCACUGGUUCAUGUUCCCCGCUGGACCUUGGAUGAGGUCAUUAAGCGCGGCGUUCAGGAUGUCAAAGUUCCCCUGCGAUAG